UAAGCUAAAAAGGGUAGAAAAUUACUUAUAAAAUAAAUUCAGGGGUAAUAGUUAUUUUUGGCAAAGUAAUAAAUAUGUAAAAAGAAUCCUAAUAAAAGUCAAAAAGUGUUCUAUUUUAAUUGGUCAAACUCAUCGAUAACCCUUUAAAAUUGGAAUCAAAUUUCAUUUAGAUACCUUAACUGAACGAUGUUUUUUUUGGACACUUCAGGUUGGGUCUCAUUGUAUCAUUUAAACACUUUUUGCUGACAUGUAAAAGUGAGUGUGAUACACUCAAUAAUAACCGCGUGAAAGACUUAAUUUAGCUAAUUUUUUAUUUUGUUUUCUAUUCUCCUUAGCCCUAAAUGAGGUGUUUAAAUUGAACAUCGCACAGUUGAGGUGUCUAUGUGUAAUUUGGUGUCAACUUUAAGAGGCUAUUGAUGAAUUUGAUCUUUUUAACUCUUUUUUUUUUUUUGUGUUGGCUAUAUAUAUAUAUAUACACACGCGCGAUUUGACAUGAGCAUGGAAUUAAAAAAAAGCAUAUGUUUCCCUUAAGGUAGUUGUCUAGUUGUAGUAGGAAACAAACUAGUAUAUGAAUUGAGUCACUGUUUAAAGAGAGGGUGAAAGUUUGAAUAAAACAAGAAUCAUGGAGAUGGAGUACUAUUUGCCAUCAGUAAGGGCUGAAGAGGAGGACAAAAAAUAUUUGUCAUGGAUCACUUCCAAGGAACAAAUUGAUCUUAGCAAGAUAGGCAGAAAUUGCUUGGCUCGUUGGGACGAUUGGGGUUUUUUCAUUGACAACUGGGUAUGUUUUGUUUGGAACUUCAAAUGUCAUACCAAAAUCAUGCUCCCUAAUUUCUCUUACUACCAUCACUGGAUGACAAAGGUUCUCAAGUGUAUUGUUUCCCCUUCAACACAAGAACAUUUUCCCUAUGACGAUCAAUACUUGUGCAACGUCUCUCUGUUCUUUUACGGAGAACCCUAUUGUCUAAUUUGUGGUCCUCCUUGCUAUAAAAAGUGGGUAAAAGUAAAACUUUAUGAUGAUAGCUGGUUGUUAGACGCAGUCACCUUCUGUAACGGUGAGAAAAUAUGCAUUAUGUUUCAUAAUGGGGAGCUAGGCAUAAUACAAAUGUUCCCUGAAAUAACUAAAACGACUCAUCUCUCCCCUGUCACAUUCAGGGCACCAACAGAUAUCUCUGCUUUGUAUCGAAACAGACACUUGAUAUCGUGGCAACACCAAUUGUUUCUAGUUCAACAAAGAGUCGGAUCACCUUCCAUUUUUGAGAUUUGGGAGGCCGAUUUUGAAACAGAUCAAUUCAACAGAGUAUUCAAUUUGGACGGAUUUAUUAUUUUUAUAAGUCACAUAUUCUCAACUGCAACUUCUUCAUCUCUACCUCAAGAAAAAAAUCGGGUCUAUUUCACACAGUGCGAUGAUCACCGCACUGUAUAUGCCUUCGACAUUGGCGAUCAAAGCUUCUCAACAACUAAGCAAUUUCGUGCCUAUAUUCCUCACAAUUCGGUCAGGAAGGGCCAAAAUUCAACAUAACACUACUACUAAGCGUCCAUCCGGUACUGGUAUUUAUAGUAACCCUGCUGCUGCAGACAGCAACAUUUGCAUCCGUGUUUCUCAAGACCUUCAAAAGAAAAUUUCUCGUUAUCUAAUUUCUCAGGAAGCAGACUACAUGAGUUUUCGCUUGGUGUGUAAAUUAUGGAGAUCUAUUGCUCCUCCAUUACGUUGGAAAGUGGCUGUUGAUGGUGAUGAUGAUGCGACUCGUUGUUAUGAUCAAGACUCCAUGUGGCUUCUAUCUCUAAACCAAAAUGAUGGUUUGUGCACAUUCUAUAAUCCUUUUAGAAAUUUCAACUGUUAUAUGAGCAACAACGAUUUAAUAGGCUGUGAAAUUCGGUAUGCCAAAGAUGGAUGGCUUCUUGUAUCUAAGGGAAAGUCUCUCUUCUUCGUUGAGCCUGGGAAGCAAAUAAUACAUCUCCCACAAAAAGCAGAUGAAUAUUUUUGUGACAUUAUGUCAUUCUCAGCUUCUCCGACUAAGUCUUCUGCAUGGGUAAUCUUUGGUAUAGCUUUAUUCAUGUCGCUUCACGUUAGAAUUUCCUAUUUGAAAAAAGGGGAUGACAAGUGGACUACUAUCAUAAGGGACGGUAACUUCCCACCUUCAUGUUGUAGUCCGGUCUAUUUUGGUGAAGAAUUUUGUGUCCUGAGCCAAUUAGGUGAUGUUGGUGUAUUUGGCUUCUUUAAAGACGGAACCCCUUACUGGUUUGUCCAUAAACUUUCUGACGUAUAUUCACCUCCUAUUUGUGGUGCUUGCCGUUUGUUUUUAGUUCAACAUGAUGAAUACUUGCUACAUUCUGUGGUUGUGACACCACAAUAUGACGUUCAUGUUUAUGAACUAUACUUUCCAAGCAACAUAAUAGUCAAAUUAGUAAAACAAGUCAAAAAUUGGCUUUUAUUCACUAGUGAAGCCUCAUCUUUUGGUGUUUGUGGCAUGAAGGUAAAUGUGGAUAAUGCAGUUUUCUUCCCCACUUUCAACACUAGUAACAACUAUACUUAUUAUUCUUUGGAAGAUGUCGCCUUCAAAGUAUUGAAAGACAAUUGUACGGAAAAAACGCAACAAAAAGAGCUUUUAAAUCGUGUUUGGAUCCGUUGUGAACUGAAACGAAAUUGAUCUUUCAACUCUGUCUUAUGGAGUAUUUCUAAUGUAUUCGUAGUAGUUUUCUUUCUUUUUUGUUGAAUUUAAUUGAAAUU